CGCGUCGCUCCGUGACCCGCCUCUUUCCGACUCAGCCUAACAUCCGCUUCCGGUUCCCAGGCUGAGUUGGCGGUGAGCUGAGACUCGGCGUCUGAGGCCUGCGGGUUGGAGAGGUCCUUGCUGGAGAUGGACAGCCGGAUUCCUUACGAUGACUACCCGGUGGUUUUCCUGCCUGCCUAUGAGAAUCCCCCAGCAUGGAUUCCUCCUCAUGAGAGGGUAUACCAUCCAGACUACAACAAUGAGUUGACCCAGUUUCUGCCCCGCAUCGUUACACUGAAGAAGCCCCCUGGAGCUCAGUUGGGGUUUAACAUCCGAGGAGGAAAGGCCUCCCAGCUGGGCAUCUUUAUCUCCAAGGUGAUUCCUGACUCUGAUGCACAUCGAGCAGGACUUCAGGAAGGGGACCAAGUCCUAGCUGUGAAUGAUGUGGAUUUCCAAGAUAUUGAGCACAGCAAGCUGCCAUGUUCCUUCCAGGCUGUUGAGAUCCUGAAGACAGCUCGAGAAAUCAGCAUGCGGGUCCGCUUCUUUCCCUACAAUUAUCAUCGCCAGAAAGAGAGGACUGUGCACUAGAGAGUUGCAACCCACAGCCCUCCACAUGGGAUCUCCUAGGACAAGCUAGCUAGGUCUCAGGGAAGCCAUCUGGGAAACUACUCUCAGCCUCACCCUGGGAGAGUGGAGUCGGGAGGAUAGGGAGACAGCAAGACCCUGCACUGAGCCAGCCGGCCAACUGCAUUUUCCCAACUGUACUGUGCUUUGAGUUCUCUAGUUUUCUAUGUGGGCUUCAUACCCUGGAAGGAGAAGGAUGGUGAUGUCGAGGUAUCUCUUAGCUUGUGGAGAACCCUGCUAGAGAAGGCAGCUGACAUUUAUUGAAUACCAUGUGCUAGGCAAUUCCACGUAUUUCGUGUCAUUUUCAUUAGCAUAUACAAAUCAGUAGAAAAAAGGAUAUUGGGGGCCUCCCCGCUAAUCUGCCUGACCAUCUCAUCCUAUCCUUAUGCUAGCAGUGUAUACCUGUACAUUUUGGAGACUGCAAUGGAACCAUGUUUUCCUCCCCUCCCUCAUUCUAUUUUCUCUCUGCAAAAAAGUAAAAUACAGUGCUGAGGA